AUGAAGGAGGAGACGGACGGUGGCGAGGGGGGCUCCGGCAAGUCGCCGGUCCCCACCCCCCCCUACUCCGCGCCUCCUGCGGAAAAUCCUCCGGCCGUGUCGCUGCGCCUCAGGGCCCCGCUCGUCCUGCACAACCUGCUCUGCGCCCCGAUGCUGUACCGAGUCGUGAACCGACAGGGCUUGCUCUCAGCCGAGGGGGUGCUGCCCGUGGGCGCGUCGGUAGCGCUGCACCGGGUGGACCUCUGCCAGAAGCAGUACGCCUCGUUCCUGCUCGUGAACUACCCUUGGAGCGACUUCAUCAAGGGGCGAGAUCUGAGCGUGUUCUGCCGACUGUGGCUGGUAAACCGCACGGAGAUGGUGCUCCAGCACAGGGACUCUUCGCUUGCCGGGGGCAUCGACUCGACCUUCAUGGGCGACAGGAUGCCGCAGAUCACGCAGCCCGGUCGGCAAGAGACGACGGGCGCCGAGGGCGGCGGGGGCGGCGUAGGCGUAGUCGACUACUCGGCGUCCGUGGGUACACGGGAGCUGACGCCCACCAAGGGGGGUGACGGAGCCAGAGGAGGAGGCGUGACCCCUCCUCCGAGAUCGUUGGCUAGGGCAGCUACCGACUCGUUUGCUCUCAGAGGAGGAAACGCCGGCAGCGGCGGCGGCAAGAAUACGGCCCCCUCUUCUCCGACGCCUUCCUACGCGUCGUUGGCCUCACCGACAAGGCCGUCCCAACUCGGGAAAGGCCCGCCCGUUGGCGGCGUCGGCUUCUCCGGGAGAGGCGCAGGCGGCGGAGGAGGAAAAGCGUCCCCGCCCAGAAAGAGAGGCCCGUCCCCCGGGGGCGUGGGUUUCCACGGCGGGAGAGGUGUCAGGAUCGCGCUCACCGUGGCCCUGCCGUGUUGCCACCUGGACGAGGUCGACGUGGAGGUGCCCGCUUCUGAGACUGCGGAAGGGCUCCUGCUGGCUGUGGCCGCGGAGGCCCGCCUGGGCCCCAUCGACCCAGCGGAGUAUUUCCUCUGCCCGCUGCAGGCGCCCAGCGAGGACGACGCCCUCGCCCUGUCGGAGAUCAUGACGUGGGAGAUGGACAAGCGGUCGCUGGUGGACGGCCAGCUGAGGGCGCUCAAGCAGAGCUUCGGGGUGUCGAGUGGGGUGUCGAGGGCCUCCGCGGGCUACGCGCGCUGGGACCGCCUCGGCUUCAUCUUCGACGACUACCGGCCCGUGCACCCGUCCACGCUCGUCUCCAACCUGGGCACGCCGUGGCUGCGCAUGUGCCACCGGGCGGAACUCGCGGCCGCCGCGCAGGCGUCCCAGUGGGUCGGCGCCGCGCUGCCGCCGGGCACUGGUCUGGACGCUCUGGCGGGGUCCCGACCUUCUGCCUCGUCACGGCCGGCAGGCGGGCGUCAUUCUGCUCGCGCCACCGCCGCCGCUGGUACGGUCGGAGACAAGACCCCGUCGGCCACGGCAGGCUUCUUCGCUGCUAUCCAGUCCGUCAGUAGCAGCGGCGGCUCAACCGCUGUCGGUUCAAGGGCAGCAGCGCGGGCAGCGGCGACGGGGCCCAAGGGCUGCUCUGCCCGUCUUUCGGAGACGGUUAAGGGGGUCGCGACGCUGGCGGAGUGGGGGCCGGCAAUCAUGUUCGGCCCCGUCGAGUCCCUCGACAAGAUGAAGCUCUGUUCGCGCGUGCAGGACUCCGAGUGGUGCUCCUCCGUCGACGUGGCCGGCCUCAAGACUGCCGCGGGGGGUACGGCGUGCAUCUCGGUGGAGCAAGAGAAGCCCUCCUCCCACAGGGAAGCCUCCCCCCGCACCAGGUACGACAUCGGCAUUCAGGUUGGGCCCGGGGAGGGUGACUUCCGGCGGACGAUGGUGCUGACCCUGCUGCCGAGGUACGUGCUGAUCAACGCCCUUCCCAGGACCCUGGAGUUCACGCAGGCGUCGUGCGGGGGGCGAUGGAGAGGGGUCUUGCCCCCGGGGGCAAGGCGGGCUUUCCACUGGCCGUUCGCGAAGGACCGGCGCGCCCUGAACGUCCGGUUCCUGUCCGAGUCUGACAACGACGACGAAUGGAUAUGGAGCGGGGAUCUCAAGCUCGACACGGUCGGUGAGGUUGCCGUGAAGCUCAGGGCAGCGACAAGCGGCGGCGGCGAUGGGCCCGGAAAGGAGUACAUCACUAGAGUUAAGCUCGCGCUGGUCGGCGCUUCCGUUACCGCGGUGUUCGAGCGCCAGGAUCUGAGGUGGCCCCCAUACCGCGUGGACAACCUCACCUCGCUCGGCAUCCGCUACCGGCAAGCCUUGUCUUCGUCCGACGCGAGCAGGGUGCCGGCAGCGGCAGAGGGAGGCGCCGGGUCGUCCGAAGGAAGGCGAAAGGGAGAGCUCCCGUGGGACGGCCUGGGGCCUCAGGCCGCGUCGCCGUUCACGUGGGACCAGCCGGUCGGGGAGAGCAGGGUGCUCACGGUCGGGUUCGAGCAGGCCGGGAAGUGGGAGGAGCGCGAGUACCGCCUGGACGAGCUCGAGAAGCACAAGCGCGUGUCGCUCACGCGGACUCUCCCGUCCCUGGAGAACCCCCGCCUUCGGGGGGAGAUGCUGCAGCGGCAGACGGGCACCCUGACCGACGUCUGGAGGCGCCGCUGGGCGGUUCUCAAGGGUCCCGUGCUGUUCCUGUUCAAGGACAAGGGCUGCGUGCACCUGAGGGGCGCAAUCUAUCUCGGCGCCACUCGGAGCACUAGCGAUCAGGGCGGCGGCGGGGCGCGAGGCGGGGCCGCCGGCCCUCAGCGCGCCCAGAUCGGCCAGAAGGCCGGGGGGCGAGACAAGGGGGACAUCCUGGACAAGAUGGGGAACAUGAUGGACGACGCGGUGGGCUUGCUGGUCGGGCCGGAGUUCGUGUCAAGCGGCGGCGGAGAGGCCGGCGUCGUCGGAGGGAUGGGAAUGGCCGGCAUCAGCGCCACCGCCGUCACCGUUGCCGCCGCCGCCGCCGCGGCCGCCGCGAAAGUCACGGCCACGUUCCCCGGGUCGGGAGAGGCGUCGGCCAGCGCGGCAGCAGCGGGCGGCGACGACCAUGUGCGGAGCGGGGCGGCGGCGGCGGUGUCGGCCAUGCGCGCGGACGAGGCGCUCGCUCUCGGAGGCAUGAUGUGGAAGCACAUGAGCCGAAGCGAGAGCCCCCAGGCCACCUGGGGCCUGGACGGCGGUGUCCGCAGAGCCAGCCUCUCGCAGUCCCUCCACUGGGCAGAAGGCGGAGGAGCUGCCGCUGGCGUGCCGGGGCGUGGGCUCCCGCGCGUACCAUCGGGGCUCGGCGCCGCAGGCGGCCGGCCGAGCACAGGAGAUCCGCAGCAGCCAGGAGGAGGAGGCUUGUCGGGGGGCGGGGACGGAACACGCACUACCGGCGGUCGGCGAUUUUCGGGGACGACGUCGGCCCUCCACCAGGGGAUGACUCUCGCCGAGUGGAGCACGAUGUUGACGGAAAUGGGCGGGUCCGGCCACAGCAAUGAGACGCCGGCGGGAGUGUCCUACUCGGAGGCGGAAUGGAUGUGCCGGCAGCUGGUUGAACUGGGACUGCUGGUCCCUCUGCCCUCGAUGCGCCCGAGCCGUCAACACACAGGGACAGCGGCAUCCGCUGCCGGGGUGCCGGGUACCUCGCGGCACGGAAGGACAUCGGGAGGUACCUCUCGGUACAGCAGCACCCAGGACGGGACAAUGUUGUCGGCAGCGGCAGCGGCGGCGGCGGCAGCAGCGGCGGGGGUGCUCCCAGAGGAUAGCCCUUUCCCGGCCCUAUCCUCGCCAAAGUCUGGCCUGCACCCAACGUCGGAAUCGGAGGAGGGCGGAGAGCGGGGCAACGGCGUCGAGGCCGGGAGAAGCGGGCACGAGAGGGGCGCCUUGGGCAGGACGGGUUCCGGGUUGCGCCGGUCGGGAUCGCAGCAGAUGCGAAACAUGUUGUCCACGGACCCGCCGCCUGCGGCGGCAGGGAGGAGGUACCUCUUGCGCGACCCCGGGAGGGACGUGGAUCUCGACCCGGACGGCACCGGGAUGGUGCGGGUGUUGUCUGCGGCGGGGGCAAAGCACGACCUCCGCUGCGACUCCGCGCCGGCGGCUCUGCGCUGGAUAGAGGCCAUGAGGGACGCCGUGGAUGCCGACUGCGUGGAGGCUCUCAAGAAGUCCGGGCGAGCGACGCCGGCAGGAACAGGAACAGUGGUGGCGGCGGCGACGGCAUCAGCCGAAGCAGCUGAGAAAGCUUGCUCUGCGGAGACGGGGGGCGGCGGAGACGUUUCUGCCCCCAGAUUGGAGGGCGGGGAGGCCAUCAUGUCUCGCCUGCGCGCAAAGGUUUACGUCAACGUUAGGGUCCGCGCCGACGGCCCCACGAAGGUGCUCGAGCUUGUGGAAGAGGCCGGGGAGGAAGUGGAGGACGAUGACGGGGCUGUGGCGGCGGCUUUGGGUAAGAAGGGAAGGGAGAGCAGCGGGGGCGGACCGGAGUCGGAGGGCGCUGGAACGCUCGCGGCGGCCGCCGCCGCCGCCGCUGACGCAUCGAGCGUGACGAGCGUGUACAUGCUCCAGAUGGCGGGGAUCGGAGUGUCUCUGGUAGACGAUCGCCCCUUGGAGCUGUUGUACUUCUUGGCGUGCGGGAUCAAGGCGGAUAUCACCGCCACCGCGAGGUGA